UCAAUCAUUUGAAUCUGAAUUGAUGCGCUGAAAAACCCAUGGAAAUGCUCCUCUAUCGUGAUCGUUUUGACGACUACCGCUCCCUUCUCAUGCAAUGGACUACUCCGUUUUCUUACCGCGCACGUGCAGUCUUCAUUUGGGAAGAAACGGUUGCGAGGAAAAUGACAUGACAAUAUAUAUAAGAAAAUGACGAAUACAUUCCUUUUUCAGCAUUUAUGCAGUGAAUUUGGUCUCCAUUUGUGUCAAUUUUGGCGUUGGAAAGGCAAUUAGUGAUUGACCAAUUGCUCCAAAAUGAAUCCAUAUUAUUGAAAAUGACUCCUGCCCGAAGACAGCCGGGAUAGGCUCCGGCGCUCCCGCGAGGAGAAGCGGCUCAGGAAAUGGACGGAUGGACUGCCACUUUCAUUUUCGAGAGCAAAAAUGUAAAAAACAUGAAAUCCACAUAUUAGUGAAAGAUGGACCAUUAAGAUCCCGUACAUUUGCAUUUCUUUGCAACUCUGUUACAGUAAUUAUAGUUGUACCAAAAUUAAAUGAGUAUGUACAUAAAAUGUAACUAUUUGUAAAGAUUUUAUUCAGCAUUGUUUUUUUUAAAUGUAGGAUGUGGUUUUUCUGGUGGCUAAACAAAACAGAGUUACCCCAAAGGCAGCAAAAUAUAGAUGAAAAAAAACAAACAAAAAACCCCUCAUAAAGAAUGUUCCUUUCAUGGUCAAGUGGGACAAUCACGUUUUAUGAUGGUUUAUGACCUUUAAUAUGAGAGAGAUGACGAUGAUGGUGAAAUGAUCUUUGUUACCUGUUUUUCAUGAAAGCGUUUAAAAUUGUUUCCCAAAGAAAAUGACCCAAAUCUAUGAUUUAUAUUUGUAAUUAUGUGUUCAAGCAAAACGAACACACUCCUUUUUAUUGUAUUUUUUUAUUAACGAAAAAAAGGUACAGAUCACUAUGCCAAAUAUAUGAAACAACCAUCAAGACCAUUCCGUUUAUAACACACAGAAAAAGAAAAGAAAAAAAAUACCAGGAUUUUUGCGUUCUUGACCAAGUUUUAGAAGUAUUUCAAAACUUUCGAGGCUUUUUGUUACUCGGGUUUGAGGAACCAGGGGCACUGUUAAAGUGUAUGAAAGUAGGUUACUGAUGGCCAUAUUUACAUUUGUGAAAACAUUCUUUCUUUCACUUUGCUUGUAGUGGCAAGACGUCAGCGAGUAGCCGAAUUCACGAGAACUUCCGAAUCGCGCGAGAAACCGCGAGACGUGAAGCUCCCAAAUUUGGCCGGGCCAAAGAGCGACAUCCGCUGGCGGUGAGCGACACUCGGCGGAUGCUCGCUACCUAAAGCCUGGAAGCGACGUUCCAAACCACCAAACUAGCCAACGAGUCGGCUGACGCAGUAAGGGUCCUCGAGUUUUCGGGGAGGCCGACACCGCAGCUGUGACACGAGUCUCGGUGGGACACCCGCGAGGUGGGGAUCCUCCACUCGGUUGAAGUGGCGAGGUAGAGCGUGCCGUGAGGCUGUCACGUAAGCGUUUUCCUGCGGGGCACAGCGCUUCCUGCCUCAGGUAGAAGUGCUCUCAGUCUUGUCAGUCUUCUGCUGCCAAGGCGCCAGGCGGCACGCGCUCCUCUCUGCCAAGGCGACGCCAUUCUGCAAAAGGCUCGGAAAUGGAGAAGAGUUGCUCAGAGUGCUCGGAGACGACGCUUGCACAGAGCUUGUGCACACUCUGCAACAAGUGGUUGUGUUACCAGUGCACGGACGUGCAUCGGCAUCAGAGAGCCGCGUUGUCGUCCCGGUACGCGGACCUGCACGACCGGCAGAGGCCCGAGCCGCACCAGAGAGGCUCUGGCUCGCUUCCUGCGACCGGACCAGGCACGGGGUCGUAUCCUUGUUCCCUCCUCAUGUGCCACUCUCAUAGACAGCAGCCCCUGGAGUUGCUUUGUGAGUCAUGUGACCUCCUAUGCUGCAGCAGCUGUCACCUGUCCUCCCACAAAACUCACAGGGUGGUGCAAAUUGGGAAGGCUCUCGAGGACCAGCGGUGGCUCUUUGAAAGCCUGACGGUCCAGGUGGAAGAGAAGAGGUCCGCAGUGGAGAGCAACGCGAAGCAGAUCGAGGACAGAGUUCAUGGAGUCAAGAUUGCACACAGGAAGGCUGAGAACCAGAUUAAGAUGGCAAAAAUGAUUAUGAUCAACGAGCUUAACAAACGAGCUAAUCUAUUAAUAGAGCAACUGGAGAAAAUCUCAGAGGACUUCCAGCAGCGUCUGGAGGACCAGCUGCAGGGGGCGAUAGAGACAUGCGCCCAGCUGGACCAGGUGCAGAAGUUCAUCAGUUGGGCAACGACGCACCAUUGCCGCGGCCCGGUGCUCUUCAGCAGGGGAAUGAUUUCUCUGCAAAUCCAACAAUUGCUGGACUCGUCACUGCAGUCUGAAAGUUGGAGUCCUGUGAAAAUCAAGUUCAAUUGGGAUGCAAGCUACUGGACCAAACAGAUGUCCUCGUUAGGCCAGCUGACCGUGGAAGGUGGAAACUGCCCCUACCCGCAGGGCUCGGCCCGCUCCACCGUUCUCAGGCCCCAGCCGAUGGCACGCUCGGCUCCGCCGGCCGUUUGCCGCAGAGGGCGAGAGUCGGCCUGCGGGUACCAGAUGUGCUGCGAGCCCCGCGUGUGUUGCCUGCACGGCAUCCCAUCUCAGUCAGAUCUGGACAAGAGCCAGCUGGGAGCCCCGCUCUACAUCUCAGGCUAUGUUCCCCCUGGCCCUGGAUCCCGGUUGCAGAGCCAGCAGCCGCCGAGGUGCUGGGACCCAAGUGACUCUUCCGCCUUGCAAACGUCUUCCCGAUGCCCUUCGCCCUCAUCCCGGGUUCCCAUCACGGGACCGAUCCAAACGAACCGCAGCCGCGGACCUCCGUCCCAGCCGCAAUCUUGUGUCUCUGAGCCGCAGUCCCUGCCUGAAUCGCAUCUCCGUCACCGUCACCAGAGAGGCUCCCUUCCCGUCAGCAAUGGUCAACAGGGCGCAGACCGACAUCGGUCGCGCCAGAGCCGUGUCCGAUGCCAGGAGAACUCACCCAGCGGCGCAACUUUGCAGGAGGUGCUCGACGAGACGGUUGCGGAGCAAGACGACGCGGCUGACGGUAGCCGGGAGGAGCGGUGCGGAGCGGAGGGGAGUCGUGGACAAACAGUUGAGGCCGAACGUGAGGAGCCAGAGCCUGACGCCAGCCAGCAGAAUCCUGUCCAACAACAACAACAACAACAACAACAACAGUGUCAGGUUUCUCCAACAGCAGAGCUUAGGAAAGAGCAGCAGAGAACCGGUCCUGCAGCGACGCUACGACCUCAAACCAAUGGCCAGAGAUCGACGUCGCCGGAGGCGUCUGCGACAGCCAGCGAUUGCGGCUCGGACUUACAGCGACGCAGACUCGACCCGAGUUCAGUGUGCGACAGCGCAAAUACGCUAACAGGAAAGUAUGCCAGCGCAGACUCCAGGCAGAGGAGAGCUUCAGAUGGCGUUCUUUGCAUUGUCAAGGAAACCUCGGCCGACGUCAUCCUCACCAGAAGCCGGCGGUCUCCGUUACUCUCCUAUAAAACUGAGCCAGAUCCUUCAUACUUGAAUGAUGAGGUCCGUCGUGCUGCCAAAGACAAGUACAGCGUGUCAAGAAACGGUCACAACGGCAGCAGAGAUUCUGAGAGGGAUUCCGGAAGAGCCAGAGUUCCGGUAGUUUGCCUCGAACGCCUGAAAGUUCUUAUCUCUCAACUUCCCUCACACGGACGAAGGCAGAGCGACCCGCUACCCGCGAGCACGACGGAGAGGGAUAGAACUUUGCUGCGGCAGCAAACGUGGCAGCAUGUAACACGCGAGGGGGCGUCCGGGGGCUCGGGGACCGAGAAGACUCACUCGGUCUCAGCGUCACGGUGCGCAGACAAACAUCGGUGGCUCACUGGCGAGCGAGAGUGGGAUACUUGUCCGAGGGCCAGCUUUCCUAAAGCAUCCAAACUGCCACCUGACGACUCUCAGGACAGUAACUCCGCCCUGGACUUUGACUCCGACUCGGUCCCAGAAGAGGCUGCGGACUCACGACUCGACCCGCACCUCGACUCGGAUACGUCGCCGGAGUUUUCAUCCGAGGCGGAACUGGAAGGUGCGGGCAAGGAGAAUGAAGUUCUUAAAAGCUGCGACAGAAACGGGUCUACGGGGGAUUCCGAUCGAAAGCCUCGAAUGCGACGGGACCCAGAAUCAGCUUCGGGAACAGGAUCGGAGGAUGGCGGUGGAGGAUUCGAAGUCGAUGCGGAUUCAGGCGCUGCAGAAACAGAGUCAGAUGCCCAACCGGAACUUGACAUCAUAUUCCAGGCGGGAACGGAUUCAGACCCAUCGUCUGAUCAGCUGCUGAGCCGCCAGGGGUCUGCGGAGUCUGAACUGGAUGUCGAAUCGGAGCUUGAAACAACAGAUGAGCCGCAGCCUCUGCGCUCCGACCUCGAGGAAGAGGACCCCGUGGGACCCGGCCAGAGGCCGCUUCUGAUUGCGAACCCCGGCCCGCCGAGGAGAGCGGAACUUGAGGAGGAGGACGAUGCCGAAGUGGAGAGUGAGGACUUCUGUGGAGUGUGCCUGAUCGGUGGGGAUCUUUUAUGCUGCGAUCGCUGUCCAAAGGUUUACCAUUUGUCCUGUCACGUCCCUCCUCUGCUGAGCUUCCCUUCAGGGGACUGGCUGUGCAGCCUGUGCAGAGAUGUCGUGCAGCCAGAAGUUGAAUACGACUGUGAAAAUAGAAGAAGAUCUGGGGAGCACGGAGCAGCCCACGGCCUGUCUGCAUGUGAUCAGAGAAAAUGUGAGCGAUUGACCCUCCUGAUCCUGAACAACAUCCUGAGUGCGCCCUUCCACGAGCCCGUCAGUCCACUUGCUCGCCAUUACUAUCAGAUCAUCAAGCGGCCCGUUGACCUGUCCGUGAUCCGCGCGAGACUUCACAAGAGGAGCGCGCAACAUUACAACUCGCCCGACCAGUUUGUGGCCGAUGUCUGUCUCAUGUUUCACAACUGUGCAAAGUUCAACUACCCCGAUUCAGAGGUGGCGCAAGCGGGCCGCAGCCUCCAGGCCUUUUUCGCCACCGAGCUGGAAGAAGCGUUCCCGGGCCGGGUUUUCCCAGCGACCGAGGCGGACAGCGACAGCGACGAGUACGACGAGGCCUUCCGGGCAAACGAGGGUGGCUUCCCCUGGCCGGAGAGGAGGGAGCAGUGCCACAGAAAGAGGAAGAGGAGACAAUCGCUCAAGUCAAGGAGACAUCACAUGUAACCGGGCGGGACUGCACUUUUUUUUGGAUUGAAGCACCUGCUGGAAUGUUUCAGAGAAGGACAGGAGCGAACAGAACAGGUUCGCACUUCUUUGGGUUGGGAUCAAAUUUGGCCUUUUGGUGGCGUUGUGACUCUCCUCGUCAUUUUGUCUUCCUCUCGGAGUCCAAAAGAAGGCGCGUUUGGUUGAUUGCCCCGAAAACGUGAGAGUGAGUCAGCCCUUUGAUCGGCAGGCGAUCGGUGCGGGGUGCAGCCCUCCGCUCUCCCGAGGUUAGCUGCGAUAGGCCUCCAGUGGAUGGAUGUAACAAGAGCACGCUGACAGCGCCGACAGCUUAAACCUUGGCCAGUAGCGAAAUCCAUCAGUGGUUUUGUGCGGUAUUGAGGUUUUGCUGCCUCGGAGCGAGAAGGAAUUCUGGAUCCGGCUCGGACUUUGCGUCCUUAUGUCCGUGAAGCUCUUUGAUCGGCGCAGCAAAUCGAAACCUGUUCUGAUAAUACACAACCGACGCAUCGAUGUCAACCUUCAAUUGACGUGUCGAGAAGAACGGCCAAAAAAUAAGAAUCCAGCGUGCGGAAGGUUGGGUUUUAUAGUUGUACUGUCAUUAUGACAUCAUAUUUUGCUCAUUACGAGACCCCGAUGAUGCACUAACAAUCACUACAUGUACCUUGUAUGAUAUACCUUGAGGUUUGCUCUAAUGUACAAGAAGAAUGCUGCUGUUGUAUGUUUGGGAAAAAUGUGUCUUUCCAGAGCAAACGGCUUCAAAUCCCCGUCAAGUGAAAACUCAGUUAAUGUCACACACCGGAGUCGCCCUGCCAAAUUUCAACGAUGAACAAAAAAGUCACCGAGUAGAUCAAAUGAGGCUUGGAAAAUCAUGGCUGAAACCACGCCCCGUUCCACUGUCAAUAGUCCAUCAACCCCCGCACCUCUUUCUUCAUCACGGUGCAACGAGACGCGCUAGCCGCCGCCGGCUAGCUCGCGAGCUGACCCGGCAUCCUCUCGGGCGACGGACGACACAGCCGGCGGUAAUGUAGUGCUAAAAAUGGGCCGAGUAAUUACUAGUAACUCGCAACUACGCCGGAUAACCCGAACCUGAACGACGGGACUCACGCCGGACGCCUGAGGCCAUUGUUCACUGGGCACUGUUUUAUCCACGCCCCCCCCAAAAGGAAACCUAAAAUAGUUACAAAAAAAUACAAAUACAUACGACCAGUUCGCAGCCGAGUGUGAAGCGGCCGGGAUGAGAAUCGGCACCUCCGAAUCUGAGACCGUGGUCCUCGGUCGGGAAAGGGCGGCGUGCCCUCUCCGGGUCGGGGAUGAGAUCCUGCCCCGAGUGGAGGAGUUCAGGCAUCUCGGGGUCUUGUUCACGAGUGAGGGAAGAACGGAACGGGAGAUCGACGGACGGAUCGGUGCGGCGUCCGCAGCGAUGCGGACUUUGUAUCGGUCCGUUGUGGUAAAGAAGGAGCUAAGCCGAAAGGCGAAGCUCUCGAUUUACCGGUCGAUCUACGUUCCUCCCCUCACCUAUGGUCACGGGCUGCGGGUCGUGACCCAAAGAACGAGAUCCCGGAUACGAGCGGCCGAGAUGAGUUUCCUCCGCAGGGUGUCCGGGCUCUCCCUUAGAGAUAGGGCGAGAAGCUCGGUCAUCCGGGAGGAUCUCAGAGUAGAGCCGCCGCUCCUCCGCAUCGAGAGGAGCCGGACGAGGUGGCCGGGGCAUCCGAUUCGGACGCCUCCCCGGUGAGGUGUUCCGGGCACGUCCCGCCGGGAGGAGACCCCGGGGACGACCCGGGACACGCCGGAGAGACGACGUCCUUCGGCGCCUCGGGAUCCCCCCGGAAGAGCCGGAUGAGGUGGCCGGGGAGAGGGACGUCUGGGCGUCCCCGCUAAAGCUAAAGCUACUGCCCCAGCGACCCGUCCCGGAUAAGCGGUAGAAAAUGGAUGGAUGGACAUACGACCACGUUAUGUCCACAAUUGAAAUAUGACAUAGUUGUCAGUCUUGGCAUGUUUUCAGCAACUCCUUGAAUUCACUUUACAGGGUCUUGAAGCCGUCGUUCCUUCCUGCACUUUGAUCAAUUGUAUUUACCGCCUGAGGAAAUGUCCAGUGUGCGUGUCAAACUAUACACAACGUUGUCUUAUUCCCAUUUCAUAAUAGUUGCUCAAGGAUCAUACGCAAUUGUUGGAAAUGUUUAUAGACAAGAUUCCCGUCUCGUUCAAAUGUGUUAUUUCCAUUCCGCGCUUGAGCACAUAAACACCCUCGGCCGUACGGUAUUUCGAAAUGCGCUAGUUUGCCGACUCCAAAAUGUGGAUACGGAUGAAACGAUAAGUGCCACUUUCAUUGGCGCAGGUCGGCGAGGAUGUUCGUCGUGCCGCACGGAAACGGGACGUUUCUGUCAGUAUGCGAAGGUUUUGGUUGGACGAGCGUUGCAGAAAAUGUUUCACCCGGUAACUUGAAGUCUCUCAGGCCCGGUAACAGUGUCACAUAUUGCCAUUGAUAAUCAUAAGUGUUACUGUGUUACGCUAAGCCACUUUGUCCAACUGGCAGCACAUUUCCUUCUCAUGUUUAUUUGCGUCCUUCAGUGUGUGUGUAUAUGUCGGAAAAUAUUGUACGGACAGCACUUUGUAACUUUAACGUUUUGAAAAGUGUUGCAGAAAUAAAGUCAUUGUUAGAUCGACGUCGUAUUCCAUCAGUAGUGGUCGGACCGGCGUAUAUACGUAUAUAUCAUUUGAAUGGAAACGGCUUCAUUUCACUGUUCUCCUGCAUGAAGACAAAACAUCUUCUAACAAUACUGAAGCACUGUCGCCAUUUUAGUCGAAACGUUGGGAUGUUUAUUGUUUUGUUCUUUUAAAAAGCGAGCCAUAACCACACAUAACAAUUUAAAAAUAAGAAUUCAUGUUGCGCAAUUGGGAUUUUUGGAGCUGUGGAAUUUUUGUCGGCCACCACGAGGCGGCUUCGUACAAUCUGCAAGCUUUACUUCAGAGUUUCCAGACGUUGACAUCAUGCCAUUUCCCCGUUUUUUGUUAUUUUUAUUUAUUUAGGUGCCACGGGAAGUCCUGCGGCACUUUACGGACAGUUACGGUCAACGGCAAACUUGCAAAAUGUCAUUGUCGGUGACCUUUCAGUCAGCCGAGUCGAAUCCUACGGAACGAUUGGACGCGGCGGGAACCUUUGGUAAACAAUGGAAGGGCACGCGGUAAGAGAGAAAAAUGCUUCCUGACGAGCGUAGCGGCGUGUGAAAUGAGUGUGCGGUGUUUGUAGCUGGCGAAUCGUGCGUGAUAAUUCAUUCAAUUUGAUGUGCUGACCUUUUUGUGCUAUUUAUGAAGAUGGUUCCACGGAUUUGACUUCGCAUUUUAGUCAGCGGCGCCGGUGGACAAAUGAAGUAACGUCCGCUGCGAUUGGCGUACAGCCUUUUCGUGCCAUGGAGAAGGUCCGACCGAUUUGUGUUCACAUUUUAGUAGUCGUUGACCCUGGUUUAAAAAGUAGCCGGAAAGAAUUGCGAUAAUCGAAUGUUGAUCAGCAAUCAAAAGUGGGAAUGUGAGAAAAUUAUAGACAGAUUAACAGACGCUUUUACGAUCAUCGAUAAGACAACAAUAUAGUCGGCCGUUUCGCCAGCUUUAAGACUUCCCUUUCGGUGAUGUGAAGCGUCACCCCACUUCGUCCUCGUCGGCUGACGCUGACAGCGGUGCUACCGCAGCUGGCACACAUUCAGUGUCACCGUGAAAAAGAAAAAGCAAUAUUUCCAAAAGCAAUUUAUUGGGAGUAUUACCAGUCUUUUCCGGCGUUCGGUUUGACUGUUUUAUGCACGCAUUGGCAUUUCUGCUUACAUAUGAACUUCCUUGCGUGUAAUCUGGAAAGAAUAUUCCAUUAGAAUACGCAAUUGAACCUAAUGUUGAUGUUUUCCAGUCAACACUCAUCUGAGAAAAGAUGAAGCACGACAGCGGGAGCACAUCAAACAACACGACACUGAAAUGUAGCGAAAGUGCAUUUAACAAUAACGACAAGUUUAUUUGGCAUUUCAUCUCUUCUCAUAUCAAAACGUCCGCAGCACCAAAGUUAUGACUUUCAAUAUAUUUGUGAAGCAGAAAAUCCUUUAUUUUCAUUUCAAUUUCAUGACUGACUGCUGAAGCCGUUUUGUCCUCACAUGUCCUCCUUCAGAGGUAUGCGCAGGCUUGAUCUCAAGACCCUUUGAAGCUAACUACAUCCUUUUGACACCAAAAUGUUUCUAUUCCAUUUUGAUCAUGUGUAAAAGUUGCGCCGAAUAUUUUUUGCCCGCGAGUCUGUAAAAGAACCUCUACGCUGUAUCUCAGGAACCGUAACAGAUACGGACAUGCGCUUAGUACAUACAGCAAUAUCUGCGAUACGCAAUUUGAUAUGGAGCCUAAAAUCAAUGCCCUUCAAGUUAUUAAGAUGAAAACAAACAAAAACACAAACAAACCACAAUUCGGGCAGAUGCCUUGAUUUUUGCGACGCCAUCUUGUAGUUUAGUGAGCGGUGUUGCAUUUUUGAUGAAAGUGGGAUGUACCAAACCUCAAACGAUUCUUUCACGUAUCUGCUCCACUCAAACCAAUCCAAUUAUUCUGAGAGCAAGUCAAAAGGUCAAAGUACACGUAACCAAGCAAUUUUGCCUCAAUGACAAAUGAAGUGACAAGUACAAGUACAAGUACAUGUGCAGUCUUUUUAUACAUUUUUUUGACAGCCUCAGCGUCUCGUCGUUUGAAUCGUUUCUUGCCACUCUUAUUUUCCGCGUCAAAGUUUUCUCUGGACUUUUCCUCCGCGGAUGUUAACGGCGCCUCUUCCGCAGUCUCUCGCUCGCCGGAAUGAAAGUCGCCCGUCGUCGGCGGGAUUCUCGGAGCUGCGAGCGCGACGGGCGCUCGGAGUCGGAAGCGACGGGGUCACCCCGCGGUCUUAAAUUCCCGUCCGAGUCGUCCCGUGACCUUUUGUUCGGUCCGCCGGGCGCGGCGUCUUGUUCGUCGUCGUCUAAGUCGGCGCUGCCGUCGGAACGGUUGUCAAACUCGUGCCGCCGGCAGAAAUAUCUGCGACUGCUUCUCAUUUCGUCUUCGUCCUCCGGAGAUCUGUUCGAUGGUCCCGGCUGAGGGUCUCGCUCCUCGUCCUCCUCCGUAAGCCGGUGGACUCCAAACUCGGCGACGUCGGCCCCAUCUUCACGGUCAACGAUAUCGUCGGCGUUACGAUUUUCAAUACUGAUGUCACUUAGGAUGUUUUCAUUGCCAGCGUCGGGUUGUUGCGACGGCGCUCGCGGAUUUACAAAGAAUCUCAUGUAAUGAUUGACAAUGCAUGAGUCCGUGUCUUCCUCAUCACCAACAUCGUCAUGGUCAUCAUCAUCAUCAUCACUCUCAUCAGUUGGCGGUAGAUCUCCUACGGGUAUGGACGUACGGUAGCCUGCGAGAUAAUUCAGACUUGUAGAUGAUUGGGCCACGCAUCCGACCACCUUAGCGAGCCGAGGCCGACCCCGGCGCGCCGAAACCGCCAAAAGAACUGUCGCUCUGAGAAAAACAACACGACAGGAAUCACAUUUCAACCACUUACGAUUUGGACCGUUGUGGUCUCCGUCUCCUUGGCCGUCCAUUUGAUCUGAAGGAAUCAAAUACUUGACUCGGUAACGAAAUAAAACAUCAAAUAAGCCCGAUGAGAUGUUGUCCCUGCUCAGAGGCGAUAGUCCAGAAAAACAGCUGCCAUUUUCUUUCCGUUUUUCUGGGGGGUGCCGGAUUUCGGGCGGGUGAAUUUAGCGGAGGUCCACCAACGUCGCGAUUUUUCAUUGUUUUGUUCUUUUCAGGUGACGUUGUUGUAGGGCAAUUCCUUUACCACCAUUUUUGGGAAUUGUUCAAUUCAGCGGUUCUGACAAAGAUGAAAAUAUUCCUCGAUAUCGGCGUCGAGUUCAAAGGAUUCAGACACGAUAGAAAACUGGUGGUGGUUAUUAUUCUUGUUUUCUGCGAAGUUUGAAAUAAAUUCCGACGACACAGUUGCUCUGUUUGACCCUAAAAAAGAGAUGGCCCGAACGGACGCUGCCAUCGAAAAGUCGGAAAAUGGCCCAUUUAAACAUGACAUUUUUGUCUCAACUAGUAACAUCAGCGCAUUUUUCUACCAAAGAGCCGACGUUUCGGUCACACGUUUCCUCAUGAUUUACACCCAAAAACAUGCAUGGUAGGUUGAUUGAACACUCUAAAUUGCCCGUAGGUGAGUGCGAAUGCUUGUUUGUUUCUGUGUGCCCUGCGAUUGGCUGGCGACCAAUUCAGGGCGUACACCGCCUCUCGCCCGAUGAUAGCCGGGAUGGGCUCCGGCACGCCCGCGGCCCCCGUGAGGAGAAGCGGCUCAGAAAAGGGAUGGAUGGAUCAUUUCUGGGCACGGACAUUUUGGCAAAUUUUCAACAUCAAAAGUUGCACGACAUUCUUAAUCUCGAUCCAAUUCUUACAAACCAGGGCUCCUUUUUCUGGUGUAACACUCAUCGAGCCAAUGAUGUAUAUUUAGAACGUUAUUUUCGGAGACGGCGCAUCUGCGAAAUGUCGUCGUAUCCUUUGUUUGAAAAGUCACAAAAGUGUGCGUGUUUGCUAAUUUGUCAGAAUGGUUUGCACCAAGCUGGGCGUUCCAAAGCAGCACACUCUGCCACACUCGCGCACGCAUCGCUGCGAUUAUACAUCGUUCUCUUCAUCGUUCACACAAAUGCGAGAGUGUCUGCAACAGCAGUAAGAGUCUAUGUGAGCGCAGCGCAUUUAAAGGGAACGAGAGGAGCCGCUCCGAUCGGUGGCGACUUGGGUGGCCUGUAAACCCUCCCCCGGCGGCGCAGCCCGCCCACCGGCACGUCCGCCGGGUUGCCCUCGUCUACGGGAUUAGCAACACUGGUCGGAAGCGCGGCGGCACGGUGGCCGACCGGUUAGAGCGUCAGCCUCACAGUUCUGAGGUGCGGGGUUCAAUCCCCGUCCCCGCCCGUGUGGACUUUGCACGUUCUCCCCGUGCCUGCGUGGCUUUUCUCCGGGCGCUCCGCUUUCCUCCCACGUCCCGAAAACACGCAUUCAUUGGAGACUCUAAAUUGCCCGUAGGUGUGAAUGUGAGUGCGGUUGCGGAUCGUUGUUUGUUUCUAUGUGCCCUGCGAUGGGCUGGCGACCGGUCCGGGGCGACGACAGCCGGGAUGGGCUCCGGCGCGCCCGCGGCCCCCGUGAGGAGAAGCGGCUCGGAAAAUGGACGGAUGGAUGGUCUAACGCGCCUCCGGCGCAGUUUCGCCGCCCGCCGUGCCGGAUUGACACCGUUGGCGAAAAUAGGCACCGUGCGUUGAUACCGCAGAUUUUGUAUGCGAACCCGCACAGUCGCAGUUGAGCGUUCGCACAUUCACAGUUCCAUUUUUCAACCGAUCCUCCGUGAUUCGCUGUCCCAAUCGAUAAAAGUCCUGUUGAUCUUGCGGCAUCUUACUGCCAAGGAGCUACGUUGCAGUGAAAUCGGGAGCUUCAUUUGGACAAAACUUGAACUUUGUCGCCAUCUUCGAGGCAGUUAUAAAUGUUUUGAGGUUUUUUUUCUGCGUGUGCGGCAGUGCUCAGUCCCGAUCACACACAAACAGCGCGGAUUUGUCGGAAGCGUCGUGCGGUGACCGAAGCGUCGACGACACGUCGGAUCAUCGCUGAACAAUUGCGGCGCGGUGGCCGACUGGUUAGCGCGUCCGCCUCCCGGGGUUUGAACCGGACCUCUGGGCCUUGCUCCCACAUUUUAAAAACAUACUUCUUAGGUUCAUUGAAGACUCCAAAAAAACGUAAUUUUGCAAAAUGUGCUCAAUAACGGUAAGGACACUUUUUUUUUUGUUUAAAUGCUGACAAAGCCAUGCUUAAAGUCCCAUUUUCAAAAAGGUAUUGAUCAUUUAACUAUUCAGGGAUUCAUAGUAAAGACAUUCCUUAUGGACAUAACUUCUCAUGACAGCCGUUACUUUGGUUUUCAUACAAUCGCAAGAACGCGCAACAGUUCCGACACUUUCACACAUUCUUACAUUCAUUCAAAUCUCAGAAGUAACAGCAUUUAUUUUGCGGUCUGCUAUUGCGUGAAUGCAAAAUGGCCUCCUCGUCCCGGCACUUCAACUCAUAACGAAUCCACUCUGUCCCGUGGAUUAACGGGAAAGACGGCUCGAGUGACAAAGAAAGAAGGACCAAAAAGAAAGAUUGGGUUCGUUUUCCUGGCAAAGGCGUAUCAGAGAAAAGCAAAUCGGUAUUUUUCUCUUCCAAACUUUGUUUUUGGAGCUUUUGACGGAUACCGACUGCCAAUAAUUCCAAUUCUCCUGUCAGCCAAAUUUCUUUUCAAAAGGAAAUUCAGGGAGCCACGUCUUUACCGUCCGUCACAUCACAUGACUCGCAUACUGUCGACAAACCAACAUUCAAACUGACAUUUACGCCUACAGACGAUCGACUCUUUCAUUUUGUUUUGGGAAUAUGGAAGGACGUCGCAGUACCCGGAGAAAACCCACACGAGCGCAAGACAACCUGAAAACGCAACCCGGGAAGGUCGGAACCCACAUUCGAACCCCGACCUCAGAACUGCGAUGCGGACGCGCUAACCGCCGGCUACCGUGCUUCACGAGCAUUUACGUGAUCGACGG